AUGGCCAACGGAUCCCCAAUGCUGUCUCACUCUGACGCCCGCUCUUCAUCCUCGGCCUCCCCCACAAAGCUGUGCUCCAAGACAUACAAGAAAGCCUCCCAACUUUACCUCACAAGACGCUUACCCGAAGCCCUCGCAAACCUCCAACCGAUUAUUAAACCUUCAGCACCACAAGAAGACCAGCACACAAAUGGCGACAACUCAACACCGGUUGCGCCGAUCGCCACGGCCGCCGGCACGUGGAGAAUCAAGGUGUGGAACCUCUACAUCACCCUUCUCAGCGCAAUAGUCGAUCUCGGUGCAGAGGAGGAAAAAAGCAAUUUGGGCAGAAGGAGUGGAAAGCAAUUGCCUCGCAAGUCAGGGAAGGUGCGAUUUGGGAGACCGUGGUCGAGGUCGGAUACCAAGGUCACGAGGGUUCGUGCUACCCUACUUCUAACCCAUUGCUCUUCGCAAUCCCUGAACCAACAGCGCCUUGAGACCUAUCUCUCCUCUUAUGGACAACCCAACCUCGACCUUACGGAUCGUCUCCAGGAUGCAUCCGAUGAAUACGAGCAGCGCCCUCUGCGUACGACAAGCGGAGCUGAUACUCCAAAAGAUUUAACUGCCAGAGUAAAGAUCAUCGAACUCUUUACUUUGCACGUCCUCCCCCGAAACGAUGAGUGGGAAUACUCGACCGAAUUCAUCAAUUUGAGCGAAGUCCUCGACGAAGAACGCAAAGACCUCUUCCUACAGACUCUCGAGGGUCUGAAGGAAGAGAAGGAGCGGGGUGAAAUGCGUGCAGUCGAAUUACAGCAAGCCAAAGAUGCGGAGCUUGAACGGCAACGAGAGGAUGAACGUCGCGAAGCCGAAGAAGCAGCGGCAGCCGCUGCGCGACUACAAUCCAAUGGACAUAAACGCAAUCCCAGCGAGGUUGACUACGGAAUUGAGAAAAGCCGCUCAAAUGGUUCUCCCAAAGGCAAAGGAGCCAGGCAAUCGACAGACAAGUCGCCGAAUGGCAAGCCACGAACUUCUCUCUCAUCGUCCGGCUCCAGAAAUGCCAAGAAGCAGGACAAAGUUGUACCUCGGGGCCGCUCAACUCGGACUGUGGCCACUGGACUGCGCAACCUCUUCCGUCACAUUAUCCGGACUGUGUCUGGGAAUCCCAUGUCAAUAGUGCGUACCCUACUUUUCGUGAUCGGUAUUUUGAUGGCGAUGAGCCGGCAGGGUGUGCGUGAUCGCAUCCGACGGGUUACGGACGGCGCAUGGCAGAAGGUGAAAGCUACGGCCGGAAUGGGAGUCAAAGUGAGCUAUAUUUGA